GGGGCGGAACCUCUCGGUCCAGUCUAGGAAUCGCUCGAGGAUGUGGAGAUUGGUCCAAGUUGGAGGCCUGGCCUGUGUUGCUGCUCAAGCCCGGACGAGGCUUCUGGGUCUGGACCCGGAAAGGGUGGAGCCUCUGCGGUGAAACCCGGAAGCGAGAGACAGAGGCUUCGGAACCUGGACUGGGAAACCGGGUUCCUGGGAUUCUUGGCCAGGGGGAAGUCUGAUUCGAGCAUCCUUGCAUAGCGGAGGAAGGGGUGGUGGGCGGAUUAGGAGCCUAAUGUAGCAGGGGCGGGGUUCCAGCGAGAGGCGGAGCGGCCGGGAGCGCCGUGGCCCGGAUGUUCUGGCUCCGCGUUCAGACCCGCUGAUUCCGGGGCUUCUCUGGGGAACAUAGUGUGGCCAAUGGCUGUCGAUAUUCAACCAGCAUGCCUUGGACUCUAUUGUGGGAAGACUCUAUUGUUUAAAAAUGGCUCAAGUGAAAUCUAUGGAGAAUGUGGGGUAUGCCCAAGAGGACAGAGGACAAAUGCACAGAAAUACUGCCAGCCGUGCACAGAGUCCCCUGAGCUUUAUGACUGGCUCUAUCUUGGAUUUAUGGCUAUGCUUCCUCUUGUUUUACAUUGGUUCUUCAUUGAAUGGUACUCGGGGAAAAAGAGCUCCAGUGCCCUCUUCCAGCACAUCACCGCGCUGUUUGAAUGCAGUAUGGCAGCUAUCAUCACCUUACUCGUGAGUGACCCAGUGGGUGUCCUUUAUAUCCGCUCCUGCCGAGUGCUGAUGCUUUCGGAUUGGUACACUAUGCUUUACAACCCGAGUCCCGAUUACGUCACCACGGUGCACUGCACGCAUGAAGCAGUCUACCCACUAUACACCAUUGUGUUUGUUUAUUACGCCUUCUGCUUGGUGUUGAUGAUGCUGCUCCGGCCUCUCCUGGUGAAGAAGAUCGCCUGCGGCCUGGGGAAGUCUGACCGCUUCAAGAGCAUUUACGCUGCGCUUUACUUCUUCCCCAUCUUAACCGUGCUGCAGGCGGUUGGUGGGGGCCUCCUGUAUUAUGCCUUCCCCUACAUCAUCCUCGUGUCAUCUUUGGUUACCCUGGCUGUGUACAUGUCUGCUUCUGAAAUAGAGAACUGCUACGAUCUCCUGGUCAGGAAGAAAAGACUUAUUGUCCUCUUCAGCCACUGGCUACUGCACGCCUAUGGAAUAGUCUCCAUCUCCAGAGUGGACAGGCUGGAGCAUGAUCUCCCGCUUCUGGCUUUGGUACCUACACCAGCCCUGUUCUACUUGUUCACUGCAAAAUUCACCGAACCGUCAAGGAUACUCUCAGAAGGGGCCAACGGACACUGAAUAUAAAAUGCCAAAACACAAACAAGCAAAACAAAACCCUAAAAAGUAUUCUUAAUUAAAAAAAAAAGUAAGGAAGAACUUAAAAUGCAUUACUAGCAUUCUGUCACACAUGGGAACAAGGCCUACCAGACAUUGUAAUGCUUGUGUUUUAUCUUUUGACUGUCGGACUUUGUGGUUGGAUGUGGCACUGACACAGCACCGUGGCCC